GCAGGCCGAACUUAGUGUUAGUCUCAGUCGCAAUCGCAGUCUCAUUCGUUCCGCUUAGCUGUAUACUUUAUUCUGUAUCGUAUCUGAUCGAUCCGGUCCGGCAUGGGAAGUUUUCCAGCUCUACUUGUUGUUGUCGGCGCGCUGGCAUUGGGAUUGGGCGCGAAUGCUCAACUCCCCAUCAACUGUGUUUCGAAAAUCCCCACUGGCCGUGUCACCGGUCACUGCAUUUCGAUCCGGGACUGUGACUACUUUAUGCGGAUCCUGGUUUCUGGGAAUCCGUCCCAGAGCGAUCGCACUCUUCUCCGCGAGAAUCAGUGCGGGGAGCGGGGCAACGGCGUCCAGGUUUGCUGCCCCAGCACCGCCGGUUUGGGAGCCCUAACCCACCCACUUUUGCCCGCGGAUUGCGGGACGGUUCGUUGGCAGCGCUCGAAUGACACGGAUACGAAGAUCAGGGAGUUUCCCUGGCUGGCUCUUAUCGAAUACACCCGAGGCAAUCAUGAGAAGAUCCACGCCUGCGGUGGAGUGCUUAUCAGCGAUCGCUAUGUGCUAACCGCUGCUCACUGUGUGGCUCAGGCGGCGGUGGGCAAUCUGCAGAUCACAGCGGUUCGUCUGGGGGAAUGGGACACGAGCACGAAUCCCGACUGCCAGUUCCAUCAGGACACUCAGGUGGCGGACUGUGCUCCUCCGUACCAGGACAUAGGCGUCGAGGAGCUGCUGCCGCAUCCGCUUUACAAUCGAACCGACAGAACGCAGAUCAACGACAUUGCCCUCGUCCGUUUGGCCAAUCCUGCCAAGCUCAAUGACUUUGUGGUUCCCAUUUGCCUGCCCAACAAGCAGUUGCGGGCCGAUGAACUGGAGGGCCUGGUCACCGAGGUGGCUGGCUGGCAGGCCAGAUCCUCGCCCAGGAUGCGAAAGAGCUAUGUGACCAUCAGCUCCAUCGAGGAGUGCCAGAGGAAGUACGCCGGCCAGCAGUUGCGGAUCCAGGCCUCCCAGCUCUGCGGGCUGACCAAUUCCAAGGAGUGCCACGGAAACGCCGGCGGACCACUGAUGCUGUUCAAGAACGAGGGCUAUCUGCUGGGCGGCCUGGUGUCCUUCGGUCCCGUGCCCUGUCCCAAUCCCGACUGGCCGGAUGUCUACACCCGAGUGGCCUCCUACAUCGAUUGGAUCCACGACAGUCUGAGGGCGUAG